GUCAAACACAUUGCGGUGGCUUGGUAGCCUUAUUUUGCUGGGUCUCUCAACUUCUAUCCCCAACACAUGCGGAUCUAAGCUGGCCACCACAAUGAAGCGACAACUCUGGGACGGUGCCGAGGUGGUGUGCCUUUCACUCAUUUUGCUCGGCGUUUUCCCCAGGUGUUCACUUCAGUCUGUUGGAGAUUCAUUGACAUCCUUCCCAGACCUCGACGUAGGCCAGCGCAGGGAUGGAGAGGUUGGCGACGAAAUUGGAUUCGGUGAUCAGGUUGACGGGCCUUCGAGACAGACGCGCAGCACCGCGGGGUCCAAAACCCACGCGCAAACUGAGGCAGCUUAUCAGCAAUAUCGUGCUAAGAUGCAGUCAGGCAACUUUCCUCCAGCGGACCCCGACGUGCUGUGUGGAGACAACGCAAUCAACGUGAAAAUUGGACUGGAAGACAGCGAAAGCCUCUACGCUUUCGCUUCGGAUGGCGUGCCCUUGUCCUUCUCUGAUCUUCCCCCUGACUGCAAAACUGACGUCCUGAGAAUGCCUGAUGCAUUAGUAUUGAUCGCUCAGUAUGAUGGAUGCUUUGUUCAAGCCCAGGGUUCCGCCUAUGUUCUGCGACUGCGCUGGUAUGGGGAGCCCAUUGAGGCGGUAUGUCCUAGGGGUGAGGACCCACUAAUCAUCUGCUACCAACACUCCAUGCAAGUGCUGCUCUACGGGGAGAAACUAGAGGAAACGGUCUCUGCAAAUGUGAAUGGCUGGUGGUCUCCGUUGGGGCAGGUGUCGGCGCAGUGCAGAUUUGGACUGGGCCGUUCUCCUGGGAUGCUGUCUCUCUCUGCUGCCUUUCAUGGCUGUGGGAUGACCCAAAAGAAUGGUCUCCACACCUUGCAUCUCCAGUCUGAGGACAGGGACAUGAGUCUGUCUUGUCCAUCUGGACCUGCUGCUGAUGGCCCGCCAGCAGUCAAAGACCCACAACCAUCUCCAGAGCCCGCCGACCAGUUUCCACCUGAGGAGAAACGGUACCGCAGUUUACCUCCCAAAGACCCUCAGCCUUCUCCAGAGCUUGCUGACCAGUUUCCACUCGAGGAGAAACAGUACCGCAGUUUACCAUCCAAGGACUUGGAGCCUUCACCAGAGCUUGCUGACCAGUUUCCACUCGAGGAGAAACAGUACCGCAGUUUACCAUCCAAGGACUUGGAGCCUUCACCAGAGCUUGCUGACCAGUUUCCACUUGAGCAGAAACAGUACCGCAGUUUACUUCCCAAAGACCCUCAGCCUUCUUCAGAGCCCGCUAACCAGUUUCCACUCGAGGAGAAACAGUACCGCAGUUUGCGUUUACCUCAAUCCCUCCUGGAACCCAUCUCUGAUGAAACACUACCAGUACCCCCAUUUUCAGAAGUUCCCACAUACAAGCCAUCAGUGCCAGCUCCACCCCCUCCAAAUAUCCCAGCAGCAUCCCAGUCUCUGAUUUCUUCAUCUGUUCCUCAGGAUGGAACCACACUACCAUUCCCAGCCAACCAGAGCCCUCCGCAGCCACCGCCCAUGUUUGUUUCGAAUGUCUUGCCAACUUUUAUGCAGGUUGAAGCCCCAACGAUGCCCCACCAACAACAGACCCCACAACAUAAGCUACCACAGAUCUUAGCCCAGUCUCCCCAGCAGAUAACACAGGCUUUUGCUCAGUCUCUGCAACAACAGAUGCCACAGGCUGUUGCUCAGUCUCACCAGCAGGCAGCACAGUCUGUGGCCCAGUCUCCCCAACAACAUUCAUCACAGGGCUUCACCCACUCUCUCCAGCAGGUAUUACAGGGUAUGGUCCAGUCUACACAGCACACAGCGCACACCCUGACGCCGUCUCACCAGCAGACACCAGCUUCCGCCCACUCUGCCCAGUAUGUGCCACAGACUGAAAACCAGUCUCCCCAGAAGUUACAGCAUGCUUUUACACAGUCUUCACAACAGCAGGUACCACCGUCUGUGGCUCAGUCUCCCUGGCAUCCUUCACUUCAACUUGUCUCUCAAUCCAUUAGCAAGCAUGCAGGGGGUUCUUCACAGCAGCCACUGGUGAAGCCAGCAGUGUCUGAGCAGGACCCACAACGGACCCAGGUGAAGGGAGAUGCCGAAGAGCAAAAACUAGUUUUUGACAUUCCAUCUUUUGGCCCUCAAACAUUGACGGUGCCCCAAAACACCCUUGCAUCUCAGAUACCCAAACAACCACCCGUUGAGCAGACACUGUUUUCAGUUGUCAGUCCUAAAACCCCAGACAUCCCAGCACCUCAGAAGCCUGAUGCUGGUAAGGGUCAACAGCCAGUUAGCCCUCCAUGGAAGCCAGGAUUCCCAGUUGAAGAGAACAUAGGCUCUCGGGUUACAAAAUGGUUCUCUCAGUUUAAGCCAGGCGCCGGAAAGCCAGGCUCCGGACAGGUUGCUCAGGUGCCAGGCACUGGAAUGAUUGCUCAGCAAGCAACCAGCACUUUAGGAGCACAAGGAGUGACUGGAUACUCACCCAGUAAUGAGGAUCAGCUCCCACAUCCAGUCAAUACUCAAGCUGCCCAUACAUCUCCAGUUGUAGAGCAGCUGUACUCUCGGUAUACAAAAUGGCUGUCUCAUUUUCAACAGCGUUCCCCCCAUGCUGCUGUGUCUCAUGAGCCAUCUACAGCUCAUAGCUCAGCUCAGGCCCUACUGCCCCAGCAUAUGGCUCAAACUCCUCAACAAGUCUCACAGCAACCGGCCUAUACUAAAGACACUAAACAGCCCCAAGCCAAAGUGCCACAGGUAUCCCAGGCUCUACAGCAGGUAAACUCUCAGAGUGGAAAUGGGAUGUCUAUGUUUUUGCCUAGUACUCUUCAGGCUGCGGCUUCUAUCCAGGAAAGGCUCACAUCUCAGAUCUCACAGCAACCAACCAGUAUUCAAGCCACUCAACAUCCCCAAGCUCAGGUACCACAUGUUCUACAACAGCAACAGACAGGACAGGUCCAGAUGUUCCCUUAUUCUUUGCCUAGUCCCUCUCAAACCCAGACUGUUCCCCAGGAACCAUCCAAAGGGCAGUUUGCACAGCAAUCCCAAGUUCAAGUAUCUCAGAAACCACACAGUGGACUGCUAUUGCAACACCAAACUGGACAGGCCCACCAGAGGCAAGAGUUUGGGCAGACCCCUGAGUUUCAUCUUAGUUAUUCUCAAACACAGACUGUUCCCCAGUAUCCACCCAAAGGGCAGCUUCCACAGCAGUCCCAAAGUCAAGUUACCCAGGUUCACCAGGAACCAUCUAAAGUUCAGGUACCACAAGUUCCAGAACAGCAACAGACUGGACAUGUCCAGGCUCAGCAGUUCCCUGAUUUUUAUUCUCAAACACAGACUGUUCCCCAGUAUCCACCCAAAGGGCAGCUUCCACAGCAGUCCCAAAGUCAAGUUACCCAGGUUCACCAGGAACCAUCUAAAGUUCAGGUACCACAAGUUCCAGAACAGCAACAGCCUGGACAUGUCCAGGCUCAGCAGUUCCCUGAUUUUUAUUCUCAAACACAGACUGUUCCCCAGUAUCCACCCAAAGGGCAGCUUGCACAGCAUUCCCAAAUUGAAAUUCACCAGGAACCAUCCAAAUUUCAUCAGCCAACCAAGGGUCAGCUCACCCAACCACCAAAGGGGUUCCCUGAUUUUCAGCUUAAUCCAUCCCCAAUUGUUACCCAGGCCCCAGCCAAAACCGAGGUUGCCAAGUUUCCUCCCUUCCCUGGCAUUCACAUGGAACCAUUCAGAGUUCAAUACUCUCACCCAUCCCAAAAUGCAAAGGGAGUAUCUCAGCCCCAAAAGAUCCCUGAAGCUGUGCAGGUCCCAAAACAACCUACACCUUUCUACACCCCGGUUGCCCAGAGUGGAUCCCAGGCCCCUCCAUUGCCACAGUUUGUAUCACCAGUGUCUGUACCACAGAAGCAAGAUUUCUCUGAGAAUAUAAAAGGGUCUGCUGAUUCACAGCCGAGCCCUUCUCCAGCUCAGCUUGGUUUGCUGGGCUCACCCUUUGAUCAGCUCAUGGGUCCGUUCGCUCAACAGCCACAGGACCAGAUGCCACAGAGUGCAGUGCAUGUGCAGCAGCAGGCGCCAGAGGUCAACGAGGGUCUUUGGGACACAAAAUGGCCGUCUAAGUUUCAGCAGGAUAAGACCGAGAUCCCCACUGCCCCUCAGAAACACUCCCUUGCCAUCGACUGGCCAAUACCCACUUCGAAUGUCGGUCAAAAGGACGUCCAGCAGCAGAAGUUCCCAGACGUAAACCUCCCUGUGUCUUCUCAGUCACCCACGUACAUUGAGUACAAGUAUCCAAAGCCUUUAUUGCACCUACUUGCGUCUAGCCUGUUACAUGGUCCCACCACACACUCUGUUGCCAAAAAACCUCAAUUCCCUGCACCCGCUACCUCUGGUCUGUCUCUUCCAGAAGCACAGUCCCCCUCGAGUGCCAGCAAGGGUCAGCAGCAGCAGGUCCUCUACACCCCAAGUACCCAGGGCCAGCAACAGCAGCAGGCCUUGUACACCCCAAGUACCCAGGGCCAGCAGCAUCAGCAGGUCUUGUACACCUCACAUGGUCAGACAAAUCUCUGGAACUAGCCUCAACUUCAGUGGGACACACUUGCCAAAGCACAGUUUAAUCAUCAGGUUUCUAAAAGGGGGUAGUCAAGUGUACUGUACUGCAGUUGUCGUUACAGAAAAGGGAAUAUGCAAUGCCCAUGCUUGCGAUGUCACUAGUGUUGCACUGAAUAUAAUUUUUUCAAUAAAUAUUUUAAAUGAUA